AUGGAGUUCAGAUUAUUAACCGUUUUAGCUCUGUUAUGUUUCUCUCUGAUGCGAAGUGAUGCAUCGCAAUCCGCAGAAGAGUAUUGGCAAUCCCUUUGGCCAAACACUCCUGUGCCCAAGCCUCUCUGGGAUCUUGUGCUGCCUUAUAUCAAAACCCAUUUGCCUAUUGAAGUCGAAGAAGAAAAACAGUAUUGGACUAUAUUUUUCGAACAUGAUCUUCAUCCUCAAAAGAUAAUGAAAUUGGGGCUCCCCAAGCAUUUUGAUAAUAGUCAACCUUUAGAACUAAGGGGGAGGCUUAAAACAAGUCAACCUUUUGGAGCAUGGUUGCGUGCAAGAGCAACAGAGAGAUACAAUCUUCAUGAGGUUUGUGGGAAACAUGCUGCUAAAGGAGAAGACAAGCAUUGUGCAUCAUCCUUGGAAUCAAUGGUGGAUUUUGCCAUUUCAAAGCUUGGGAAGAAUAUUAAGGUGAUUUCAAGUUCCUUUGCCCAAAAUCAGGAUCAAUACAUUGUUGAGGAAGUGAACAAAAUCGGAGAAAAGGCUGUCAUGUGUCAUAGAUUGAAUUUUGAAAAGGUUGUAUAUUAUUGUCACCAAGUCAAUGCAACAACGACUUAUAUGGUUCCAUUGGUGGCCUCUGAUGGGACUAAAGUUAAGGCACUAACCAUUUGCCACCAUGAUACAAGUGGUAUGGAUCCUGAAGUGCUUCAUGAAGUUCUCAAAGUCAAGCCUGGAACUGUUCCUGUUUGCCAUUUUGUUGGCAAUAAGGCUAUUGCUUGGGUACCCAAUCUAGUCACAAAUGAAUCUAACCAUCCUUGUGUUCAUGUUUAG